AUGCAAAUCCACGAAAGCGAAUCAGACAGACAGGAUCAGAACGAUUCAUCGCGCCGUGGAGAUGCGCGAAGAGCAGCCAGCCCGGAUCCGCAGCAUGAGCGCCCAAAGCGUCGCAAGAUUUCGCAGGCGUGUGACCAAUGUCGAGCGCGCAAGAGUCGAUGUGAUGGGGCCAAACCGGUCUGCCACGAGUGUGCUGUGCGAGCCCACCAAAGCACACCUUGCCGGUACAGUUCGAGCCAGAACAAGGAUCGCAGCCAUGACGAAUACAUCUCCAGCUUGCUCGCCCGCAUUCAAGAGCUGGAGGGAAGAGACGGCCGAGCAUCAAGGGCCGCCGCGGAACCAACCCCGAGAUCAGACACCAACGCACCUGCUGUCUAUGAGGAGAUCAUGAAUGCACUCUCGCCGACGUACAAGAGUUCACGGGCGGGCAUGAGGGCGGAUCAAGCGGCCUACCCGACAAUCAGUCCGAUUGACGCGAUGGGGGCCACUUCGAACACCAAACCGUCGGAGCAAAGCUAUAACGAGAGGUUCUAUGGCAGUUCUUCGGCGGUCUCCUUCAUGCAGCAAGUCUACAAAACGAUCGAGACUUCGAGAGCGGCGUCUCCGUCGCUCAUAGACGACGGGCCGCGGUCAAGGCUCGACGCUGACAAUCGGUCUAGCCUAAGCGUGACGCUGAACCAGCUCUCCUUGCUUCCUCGCCCUCUGAUGGACAAGGUCCUCAACACCUAUUGGGAGAGGGUAUACCAUCUUUAUCCAUUUAUACAUCAACCGACCUUCAUGUCGGCCUACGAACGACUCUGGUCGUCGCAGCCCGGAGGCGAAGAGUUGCUGUCUUCAGACCUUCUUGGCUCCAAGUUCUACGGCCCGACUAGCAUUGUCUUCCACUGCGCGAUGAACCUCAUGCUGGCCUUGGCCACGCAGUUCAUGGAUCUACCGCCGGAAGAAAGAAGCCAGCUGGGACAGUUGUUUUCCGAAAGAGCACGAAGUCUUUGGGAGCUCGACCUUUUCGACGAUGGCUCCUUGGCCGUCAUCCAAACGCUCUUGCUCAUGACCCAGUAUCUACAAUCCACCCCGAUGCCUAACCGGUGUUGGAACUGUAUCGGGAUAACGUGCCGGCUGGCCCAAGGGUUGGGACUCCACGUCGAAACUCCGGAAGGAAUGAGGAAGUGGAGUCCGCUGGCGGUCGAAAUGCGUCGCCGCGUAUGGCACGGUUGUGUCAUGCUCGACGCCGUCGUGAGCAUGACCCUGGGAAGACCACUGCUGCUCUACAAGUUUUCCGAGAUCCCCUUACCGAUCCCUGUCGACGACGAAUUUCUCGGCGAUCCUGCUACGCAGCCGAGGGACCGGGUCUCGUUGAUCCAUUUCUACAUUGAAUCCAUCAAAGUGUACGAAAUCCUCGCCGACGUGGUGUCGCAGGUUUACGACCUUUCCGCUCCGGCUCGCAGCAACACAAAGAGUGACAGCAACGUCGAUACGAUCUUGAAUAUCGAAGCCGCGAUCUCGAAGCUCGAGAAGAAUCUACCAGAUCACCUCGACUGGUCGAGACAUCACCCGCCGGCCUAUAACGGCAGCGGCGAGGCUGUAUUUGAGCAGCAAACGUCCGUUCUACGCUCCAGGCUCCUACAUUUGCGAGUCCUACUCUACCGGCCGAAGUUCACACGAUAUUGCCAGUACAUGUGUGCGCACGAGUCAGCGAGGCUUUCGGACCCCGCGCUGGACGCGGAGUUUACUCAAGUAUCGCUCGCGAUUGUCCGGUCGCUGUCAAUCUCCUGCGUCGACAACUCCAUCAGCCUGAUCGAGCAGCUGCAUCGGUUCUCCAUCACGUCUGCCACGGGGGCGUGGUGGUACAAUGUGUUCUACGCCCGGACCGCGGGUGCGGUGGUGCUGCUCGCCAUGGCGUGCGCGGCGAUGAUCGACGCCGUCGGAUGGGAGAGGAUGACCACGGCGUGGCGGAAGUGUCAAGAGGUGCUGUCGUAUCUCCAGAAGUUCAGCCCCACGGUCGGGCCUUGUCUCCAGGGGCUGCAGAAGCUACACGGCCACAUCAUGCGCUUUCGAGGCCGCGCGAGCAGUCGCCGUGGUCAUGCGAGCUGUGAGCCGGUCACGCACGAUACUACGCCCGACAAUCGCGGUGACGCCCAUAUACCUCAGGGGUAUGUCGUUGCCGUGCCAGGAUCCGAUGUCGUGGCUUCCGAGGAGGGGGCCUUUAUGAGCCACGAGGACAUGGAAAGCUCGGCGGACUCGGAUGCCGCCUUUUUCGAGAUUUUCAACUUUGACUUGACGCAGCCGAUGACCACGGGCGCCACCGACGGCGGUAUUGCGUGGUGA